AUGGUCAGAAUUCCCAGCCAAAUACCACGAGCGCCUCGGAAGCGCCAACCGCUCGACAACAUGUUGGACACGGUGGAAUCCUGGAUCUUUACCCGGAAUGAGUUCAUCGUGCGAAGGCGAGCUGUUGACACACCCAAGGCACCUACACAUCAUGCCAGCGCCAAACGAUCCAGCUCAUCCGUUACAUUCCCAAUUUCCACAGCCCUGGUGAUUCAGAUUCUCGUCCUCAUCGCCAUGGUCAUCAGCGUGAUAUUGUUCAUCAUUUACCGACGCCGUCGCCAAAAGAAGUUGAAGCAAUUAGAUGAGCAAAAGAGAAUGAACGCUCCCUUCUUCGGGAACAUCAGCGCACCAAAUGGCCUCGCGCCACCGCCGUACGGGGAGGCCCUCAAAUCCCCAGCCGUCUCAGAGGCAACAACCUAUGGUCACCAAAGGCAAAGGUCCAACUCGAUGCUUAUGGAUGAAUGCUGGAAAGCCGUAUAUGCAGCUGAGGAUGGAACCACCGACCCCCGCUAUGGGUCAACAAAUACCACCAGGCCCGGGCACACAUCGCAGUCGUCGUGGGAUGCGGCGGCGGCUAGGGUGGCGAGUCGGCCAGGUGGUGAACUGCCGGAGCCUGCCAGUCCGCAAACAGCAGCGCAGACAGACAACCGACGAUCCGUGACUCACUGGUUGCGCAACCAGCGAUGGCUUCCGGGAGGGAGCCCGAACCCCCUCAACAGCAACCCCCUAAUGGCGCCCAGCACGCCGCUUUCUGCGCGCAUGCCAGUGCCCCCUUCACCAAGCUAUAACGGCGUCACGCCUUCGAUGGCACCAACACCAACGACCGCGACAUACCUCGUCGCACCGGCGCCGCUGACGCCAAAUCAGCCACUUAGCGCCCGGAGCUGGGCCACAGGUGACGACUCGCUGAACAACAGUGCCAGGUCGACCUUUGUGCCCCAGACAGCGCUCUAUCCUCCUCCACUCCAGCCAGCACCCAAGGGCAACGCAGCAUCAAGAUCGUUGACGGGAAAUGGGAGGAGAUCUAGCGCGGCAUCGUGGACGAGUUCGAUAGGCGACAGCUAUGAUAGAGAGAGCGGGACGUGGAAGACGAUGACACCUCACGAGGACCCGCCGAGUCAUGAGCCGAGAAGGGGCAACCCGGAAGAGGUCAGCCCGAUUUGA